AUGGUGUGUACGAACCCCUCAUCCUCCCCCAGGGCGGCUGUGACGGCGCCGAGACGAGCCGCUCCUACUACAGCCAGUGCCAAGUACCGCAUCAACCACCUGGACUUUGGCAACCUGCCCGGCACCAGCCUGCCGCGCCUGCUGGACAUGGGCCAGUGCAACGACGCGUACGGCGCCAUCGUGGUGGCCUCUGAGCUGGCCAAGGCCUUCAACUGUUCAGUCAACGACCUGCCACUGUCCCUGGACCUGUCGUGGUUUGAGCAGAAGGCCGUCGCAGUGCUGCUCACGCUGCUGCACCUGGGCGUGCGCAACAUCAGGCUCGGCCCCAAGCUGCCCGCCUUCAUCACCCCAGAGGCGCUGCAGAUUCUGGUGGAUAAGUUCAACAUCAUGCCCGCAUCGCUGGCGGCCCCCGAGGAGGACCUGAAGAAGAUGAUGGCCAACAAGUGA